UGAAAAGGAGUUGGAUUCACAAAAACUUUCUACUUCUAGUUCUAGUAAAGUGACAAUGAAGGAGGUGAAGGAGAAAAAGAAACGAAAGAACAAAAGUAGUAAGCUUGUUUCAUCAGCAUCGUUAGAUACUGCUGCAAAGGCCACUGACAGUCUUGGCAGUGAAGAGUGUGAGGACUUGAGUGGGAAUAAAUCUGAGAGGAAGAGAAGAAGGGAUGCUGAUACUGUUGAGGCUGAGAAGCAUGGGAACAGCAAAAGGAAGAAAGUCAAGCAAGCAUCUAGAAUUGUAGCUCCGAGUGUGACUGAAGAGGAUGUCAGUGGGACACCAUCAAUGGCCAAUGAGAAUGGUGAGAGAAGCAAUGACAUGAAGGUGAAAAAUAGUGGUACAGAACAUUUUGAUAAAUCAAAGUCAAAGAAAGGUGCCAAAAAUAAGGCAGCGAGGAAGGAUUCUAAGUCAAAGAAGCGAGGCACAGAUGAUCUCAAGACUUCAGCUUCAAAGCAAAAGAAGAAGGUAUCUUUCUCAGGUGAUGUUGAGGUCUUCCCUGUUAACAAUGCCACAAACUGCGAAGAAGAAGAUGUAGAAAAUAUGAUCCGAGGCAUGCGUUACACUCGAGAAGAAGAUGAAUUGCUGAAGAAAGCUGUUCUGGAUUAUGUAGAAGAGAAUGGACUGGGAGAGGAUGGUGUGGAGAAGGUUAUGGACUGUAGGAAAUAUCCAGAAGUUAAAAAUUGCUGGAAGAUUAUUAGGACUGCUCUGCCCAGGAGACCUUAUUGUUCAGUAUAUAUGCGAGCUCAUGUCAUAUUUCAGAGGAGUGAGGCGAGUUGGCUACCUGAAGAAGUAGAAUAUGUCAAGAAAUUCCAUGAGGAACAUGGACCGGAUUGGGCAACCUUGGCGAAAAUUCUUGGGAAGCAUCGGUUUCAUGUGAAAAAUACUUGGAGAAGGGUAAAACUACCCGCUGCAAAAAAGGGCAAAUGGUCUCAGGAUGAGUAUCAGACUUUGUUUGAUUUAGUGAAUAUGGAUUUGCGAAUGAAGGCAUUCACAGAACAGAAGCCAAACCAUAAAAUUUUGAGGGAUAAUAUUUCCUGGGAUCCAAUCAGUGAGAAGCUGAAAACUCGACAUGAUGCACUUUGCUGUAUGAAGUGGUAUAAUCAGUUAACAUCACCAUUGGUCAAUGAAGGUUUAUGGGUUGAUUCAGAUGACUAUCGGCUGAUCUAUGCGCUUCAAAAUGAAGAUGCUUUUUGCGAGGAGGAUGUUGACUGGGACAACCUUCUGGAGCAUAGGCCUGGUGAUAUUUGCCGGAAACGCUGGAAGCAAAUGAUCCGGUACAUCGGUGGUCACCGGGAGAAAUCUUUCAUCGAACAAGUGGACGUUCUUUCGCAAAGGUAUUGCCCGGAGAUGCUUGAGUACCGAGAAUGAAUCUAGUCUUCCAUGCAUCAGCCAUGUAUCUUUUUGUCUCAGUUUCUCUGAAUUAAUGUUUAGAAACUCAGAUCAAGUUAUACAUCAAUGCAACCAGUAAUUUUACACUUAAUUCAGUCACUUUGUUUUAAUGUUCA